AUGCUAUCAACUAAUCAGCAUCUCUUCGACAACUCCCCCAACGACGUGCGAGUCGAGAAUGGACCAAAAGCCGGCUCACUACUUGACCCAAGACAAGGGGCGGGCGACGAAUCUGACAGAGAGACCCGUCCCAACCAAAAGACACUCGACGAAACAUCUCGCUUGCAUCACUUGCAGGAGGAAAAAGGUCAAGGAGAAUCGAGAUGCAGCCUCUGUUCCAAACUAGACCGCGAAUGCCACACGCCCUGCUUCGACGAACGCCGCCGCACCCACACCCGCAGCCUCAUCGAGACGCUCCAAGCCGAGAAUGCUCGGUUGAAAGCUGAGCUCGAAGACCACCGCAAAUACUGUCUCAUGGGCAGCGGAGGCGGCGGCGGCGGCGGCGACGACGACGCCUUCGAAUUUCCGCCGCUAGACCAGGACUCUGGGACGCCUACCAACUCGAUCAGCCCCGGUGCUGCCACCGACGCAUCGCCGCAGCCGUCGACGUCGGAAACGUCGUCGAGGUCGGAUAACAUGAUUGUGAGGCUCUGCGGCGGGAAGAGGCAGCUCAAUAGCGACCGUGCUGGACGACUGCGGUACUUUGGGCCGACGUCUAGUUUGCAUCUUAUGGAGAGCGUCACUUCGUCGGUGUUGAUACGGGAGUCGUGUGGCAGGACGAGACCGAGCUGCAGCUGGCAGGAUGAUUUUCCCAUUGAAGUGCAGGAUCAUUUGUUGGAUUUGUACUGGACAUACCAGCAUCAAGUCCUUCCAUGCAUUCAAAAGGAGGCCUUCCUUCGAGACAUGAGAAACGGAGACACCAAAUACUGCAGCAAACUGCUCGUAUAUUGUAUGCUCACCCGAGCCGCCGCCAUCUCCGAUCAACCGGGCCUCCGGGCCUUGGCUCUUGCCGACGACGCCGAAGACGACCCGCCCUACUUGGUCAGCAAGUGUGUCCAGUUGUUAAACGCAGACCUCGACACACCGGGGAUCACAACGGCGCAGUCGCUUCAACUGUUGAGCGAAAUGCACUGCGCGAUAUCCCACGAUACCAAGGGAUGGAUGUAUGCGGGUAAGUUGGGCCUCAGAGAACCUCCCCCGAAUGUGGGAAAUGUGAAGCAAGCUUGGGCUCAACAGAAACUGGUGACUGCAGGAGGUGCCGGCAGACUGGCGUAUGAGCUGGGCUUGCACAGAGACAGCGAUACUUUCGAGACCGACUUGUCAGAGCUCGACCGGCAGGUCCGUCGCAUCGUGUUCUGGAGCUGCUUUAACCUGGAUAGGCAUGUUGACCCCGCUAUCCGUCGUCUUUUCAACGAAGCAUGGGAUUCUGGAGUUGUGGCUGUUCCUAAGUUCCUAACAUUUGUUCAUACAUGUAGGGAAUGGGCGCUUUACCUGGGACGUCCUCAGUUCUUGAAGGUCGAGGACAUUGAUGCCAAGCGCCCCGGUGAAGGGUGUGAGAAUCCGACCUUGGAUAUUAGAAUGUCCGCCGCCUGGACGAGUCUUCUGGAUAUUGUUGGAAGGAUAUGCGAUGUUCUGAAUGGCGUUCACACAUCCCGACAUCGGCUCGAGACCCUCGAUCAAGACCUCAAGAGCUGGGAACAAGACCUGGAUCCUACCCUGCAUUACAGUCCCAUUCAAAUCCCCGCAGUGAUGCUUCUGCACAUGCAAUACAUGGCCGCCACGAUCCUCCUCCACCGGCCCCUCGCCAACUUCGGCAAAGAUUCCACACAGUCAGAGUCCAGCAUGGGGAGCGAGGCCUCCCGCCAAAUCUGCGUCCAAAACGCCUGCACCAUCGCCCGGUACCUGCAAGACUACUCCGACCAGUACGGCAGCGUCCUCACCAUGUCGUGGAUCGCGCUCCACAUCGUCGCCACGGCCGCCACCACGCUGAUCGCCAACAUCGCCGAGCGGGGAGGGGAGCCGGGCGACUUUGCCCUGGGCGGCGGGCCCGACACCCAGCUGGAAAGCCUGCGCAAGUGCCUCGGGGCCCUGAGCGAGCUAGAGAAGAGCCACGUGGUGACGCGCCGGGUGAGGAAGGUGAUCCAGCAUGCCAUACGGCUUCUGAACCUCGAUGCGACCAUCAACGCGGGGAGCGGCGGGAACGGGAAUGUUUGGAGUAGUGGUAGUAGGAACGAGAACUAUGUGAUUGGGCCGGCGGCGUUGUCGUUCCCGGCUAUGGCGGCGAGGGACUAUGAGAUUUCGUCUUUUCCGUUGAUGGACUUGUUGCCUUCGUCGGGGCAGUUUGACAUGCUCAACUCUUUCGAGUCGUAUUUUAGGUAAUAGGCUGUGAUGAGUUGAAACGGGUUUCUUCAAGAGCGUUUGACGGGUUGGGGGG